AUGGAACCGAAUGCUUUCCCAUAUGGCAUACGAGCAUUACCGACGCGGGCAGCAACUGGCCACGGUCCGCACCGACUUUGCUCUAAUGAGGUGGAUGUACAGUCGGAGGUUGAUCAACGACCAUCAAUUCAAGAGGCUCCAGUUAGUGCCAAUACCAAUCAUGUUGCCGGGCAGGCACGGUGA